CGUCAGCUGUCGGGAAACCAUUGAAUAUAUACGGACGAGUGAAUCAUUGGACAAAAUAGACAGUUCGGCAUAUGAUAGGCUAACCCCAGAUGGCCCUGUCAGCCACAGCGACCGAUCGUAUGCAAGCUUAUAAGAGGGGAUCAUCCCCGGAAGGACCGAGCUUGUCCUGUCCCCCCUACACAACCCGUACACAAGCGCACCUGAAGCGAUUUCCCUUCCCCAACCACCAUGAUAUUCAACAGCACUCGCCUUCCUGCCCAGACAACGUUCCAUCCCUCCCCUCAUACAAUCUGGGCGAUUGAGGCAACAACGAUGUCUACAGUGAGCUGCGCAAGUACAGAGGUCAACGGUGGAACAUGUUCCUGGCCAAGCUGCGGAUGCGCAGAGCCACCGAGAAGUAAAUAGGCCUCUUCAC